GUGAUAAAUGGCCGUGAAGUCUAGCUAGCAUUAUCAUGAUUGAUGAACAAGACAACAAAUCUCUCGACUCUCUCUAGGAAUAUUUCUGGAAAUGCGUGGAGCAUCUGGGUUCCAAGGAACAUAUAUUUCUAGUGGAGCGGCUGACAAGUGACAACCAUAAACCAUUUUGCUUGGAGUCUGAACUAUGCAUUGGAAGCUUGAGGUACCUCAGGCUCAGGCCUCAGAGCAAGCUCUCUCUUGACUUUUGAGUCUUCAUCCAUUGGAGGUGAUAAGUUACUGACAACCUGAGAGAGAAGGGAGUGAGGGGAAGAAGAUUGACGAAAGUCCUGUUUCACUUGAAGUUUGUAAACAUGUCUUCAGCGUCUUGGAUCACAUCUGUCUCAUGCUUAAGCCCUGAGAUUCAAUCCUCUGGGGGCACCUCUGCUUCAAUCACAUUCCAAUGGCUAAGAUUCAUUUUCCUCUCUCCAUGUCCUCAAAGAACUCUGUUAUCUUCUGUUGAUGUCCUCUUCUUGCUCGCGCUCUUGGUAUUUGCAGUUCAAAAGCUCUACUCAAAGUUCACCGGUUUAAGCUCUGACCUCCACAAGCCCCUCAUCAGAAGCAACAGAGCUUCUCUGAGGACUUCAGCUUGGUUUAAGUUCUCUCUGAUUGUUAGUGUUCUUUUAGCUUUCUCUUACACAGUUAUAUGCAUUUUAACAUUUAGUAGAAGUACCCAAUUGCCAUGGAAGCUGGUUGAUGGGUUCUUCUGGUUAAUCCAAGCCAUAACUCAUGCUUUAAUCACAAUCUUAAUCAUCCAUGAAAAAAGAUUUCAAGCUGUUACUCAUCCUCUGUCGCUUCGAAUUUAUUGGGUUGCAAACUUCUUUGUUACUGCAUUGUUUAUGGCCUCUGGGAUUAUACGUUUGGUCUCUGUAGAAGAACCCACGGACCCCAAUUUUACAUUGGAUGAUAUAGUUUCGAUGGUUUCUUUUCCAUUGUCAGCGGUUCUUCUUCUUGCUGCAAUUAUAGGAUCUACUGGGAUCACUGUGGCUAGAGAAAUUGACCCAGUUAUGGACAUAGAAACCAAUUUAUAUGAAUCCCUUUUGAGCAAAUCUAAUGUGACUGGAUUUGCUUCAGCUUCUUUAAUAUCUAAGGCCUUUUGGCUUUGGAUGAAUCCCCUGCUGAGUAAAGGCUACAAAUCCCCUCUCAAGAUUGAUGAAAUCCCAUCCCUUUCACCGGAACAUAGAGCUGAAAGAAUGGUAGCUCUCUUUGCAUUGAAUUGGCCUAAACCACAUGAAAAAUCAAAUCACCCAGUUCGAACCACAUUGAUCCGGUGCUUCUGGAAGCAAAUCGCCUUCACUGCCUCCCUUGCAAUCGUGCGGCUCUGUGUCAUGUAUGUAGGGCCUAUUCUUAUACAAAGUUUCGUCGAUUUCACAUCCGGGAAGGGAAGCUCCCCUUAUGAAGGAUACUACCUUGUCUUGACUCUCCUUGUCGCAAAAUUUGUUGAAGUUUUAACAACUCACCAAUUUAACUUCAACUCUCAGAAGCUUGGAAUGCUUAUUCGAUCCACUCUCAUCACUUCCUUGUACAAGAAGGGCCUGAGGUUGACAUGUUCUGCUCGGCAGGCUCAUGGAGUUGGGCAGAUUGUGAAUUAUAUGGCUGUUGAUGCCCAGCAGCUGUCUGAUAUGAUGCUACAGCUACAUGCUAUAUGGUUGAUGCCUUUGCAAGUUUCCGUUGCCUUGGUACUCCUUUAUAACUACCUGGGCGCCGCGGUGAUUACAGCAGUUCUUGGAAUUAUUUGUGCUAUAGUAUUUAUUAUUAUGGGUGCCCGGAGGAAUAAUCGGUUCCAAUUCAAUGUGAUGAAAAAUCGUGAUUCAAGAAUGAAGGCGACGAAUGAGAUGCUUAAUUACAUGCGAGUGAUCAAGUUCCAGGCAUGGGAGGAAAUCUUCAACAAGAGAAUUCAAACUUUCCGUGAAUCAGAGUUUGGAUGGCUUACCAAGUUCAUGUACUCGGUCUCUGGCAAUAUUGUUGUGAUGUGGAGCACCCCAUUAUUGAUAUCAACUCUCACAUUUGCUACUGCAACUUUCUUGGGAGUUACACUUGAUGCAGGGACAGUGUUCACAACUACCACAAUCUUCAAAAUCUUGCAGGAACCAAUCAGGGCCUUCCCGCAAUCAAUGAUCUCACUUUCACAAGCAAUGAUUUCACUUGGGAGGUUGGAUAAGUUCAUGAUGAGCAGGGAAUUGAUGGAGGAUUCAGUGGAGAGAGAGGAGGGAUGGGAUGGUAGAGUUGCAGUGGAGGUUAAAGAUGGGGUGUUUAGCUGGGAUGAUGAAAAUGGAGAGGUGGCUUUGAAGAAUAUAAAUUUUGAGAUCAACAAAGGCGAGCUUACCGCGAUUGUCGGGACUGUGGGAUCUGGGAAGUCUUCUCUCCUAGCCUCAGUUCUUGGUGAGAUGCACAAGAUAACAGGAAAGGUCAGGGUUUGUGGGACAACUGCCUAUGUUGCUCAAACAUCAUGGAUUCAAAAUGGCACCAUUCAAGAGAACAUCCUAUUUGGUUUGCCAAUGGACCUAGAGAGAUACAGGGAAGUCAUUAGGGUCUGUUGCUUGGAAAAAGACAUGGAAAUGAUGGAGUUCGGAGACCAGACUGAGAUUGGAGAGCGUGGAAUCAAUUUGAGUGGUGGACAGAAGCAGCGAAUACAGCUUGCCAGGGCUGUAUAUCAGGAUUGUGAUAUCUAUCUUCUUGAUGAUGUCUUUAGCGCUGUUGAUGCACAUACUGGCUCAGAAAUAUUCAAGGAAUGUGCGAGAGGAGUUCUCAAGGACAAGACCAUUUUACUUGUAACCCACCAAGUCGAUUUCUUGCACAAUGUGGAUCUUAUCAUAGUCAUGAGAGAGGGGAUGAUAGUGCAGUCAGGAAAGUACAAUGAUCUACUAGAUUCCGGCAUGGAUUUCACAGCACUAGUAGCUGCUCAUGACACGUCCAUGGAACUUGUAGAGGUGGGCACCACCAUGUCCGGUGAAAAUUCCCCCAAAUUACCAAGAUCACCUCAAACCCCUUCCAACUAUGGGGAAGCCAAUGGUGAAAACAACUCUGUAGACCAACCAAACCCCGACAAGGGGACUUCCAAGCUCAUCAAAGAAGAGGAGAGAGAAACUGGCAAAGUGAGCUUGCAUGUUUAUAAACUUUACUGCACUGAGGCUUUCGGGUGGUGGGGUGUGGCACUAGUGCUGCUGCUGUCUCUGUUGUGGCAAGCAUCUCAAAUGGCGGGUGAUUAUUGGCUGGCAUAUGAAACUUCAGAAGAGCGUGCUACGUCAUUCAACCCUACCCUGUUUAUUUCUGUCUAUGCAAUCAUUGCUGCUAUCUCCUUUGUGUUUAUACUGAUAAGGGCCUUCUCUGUUACAUAUGUGGGGCUUAAGACAGCCCAAAUUUUCUUCACACAAAUUCUUCACAGUAUCUUGCAUGCCCCCAUGUCAUUUUUUGACACCACACCUUCGGGAAGAGUUCUAAGUCGGGCAUCAACUGAUCAGACGAACAUUGACCUCUUCCUCCCCUUUUUUAUGAGCAUGACAAUUGCCAUGUACAUCACAGUGAUCGGCAUCUUCAUUGUUACAUGCCAGAAUUCUUGGCCCACAGUAUUCUUAUUGAUUCCGCUUGCCUGGCUGAAUUUCUGGUAUCGGGGGUACUAUCUUGCAUCAUCUCGUGAAUUAACUCGUCUCGACUCGAUCACAAAAGCCCCUGUUAUCCAUCAUUUCUCAGAAAGUAUCUCUGGAGUUGUAACUAUUCGGUCUUUCAACAAGCAGGUCGGGUUUUGUGAGGAAAAUGUUAAGCGUGUUAAUUCCAAUUUACGUAUGGACUUCCACAACUAUGGAUCCAAUGAGUGGUUGGGUUUCCGUUUAGAACUGCUUGGGAGCUUGAUCCUCUGCAUUUCUGCAUUGUUCAUGGUCGUUCUACCUAGCAAUAUUAUAAGACCAGAGAAUGUUGGUUUAUCUCUCUCCUAUGGAUUGUCCCUGAAUGGUGUGCUGUUCUGGGCCAUAUAUAUGAGCUGCUUUGUGGAAAAUAGAAUGGUGUCUGUUGAGCGGAUAAAGCAAUUUACCGUUAUUCCAUCAGAACCAGCAUGGGAAAUUAAAGAUCGUGUUCCUCCUCCAAAUUGGCCUGUCCAUGGCAAUAUUGACCUCAAAGACUUGCAGGUCAGAUAUCGUCCAAACACUCCUCUGGUUCUCAAAGGCAUUACUCUAAGCAUUCAUGGGGGAGAAAAGAUCGGUGUUGUUGGUCGAACAGGAAGUGGGAAGUCGACUUUGAUCCAGGUUUUCUUUAGGCUGGUGGAACCUUCUGGAGGAACAAUAAUUAUAGAUGACCUUGACAUUUGCAUGCUAGGGCUUCAUGAUCUUAGGUCUCGGUUCGGUAUCAUUCCUCAAGAACCUGUCCUUUUUGAAGGAACAGUGAGAAGCAAUAUCGACCCAAUUGGACAGUAUUCGGAGGAAGAGAUAUGGAAGAGCCUGGAGCGCUGUCAGCUUAAGGAUGUGGUGGCCGCAAAACCCGAAAAGCUUGAUUCUUUAGUUGUUGAUAAUGGAGACAAUUGGAGUGUGGGGCAAAGGCAGCUUCUCUGUUUAGGCAGGAUUAUGCUAAAGCGCAGCAAAGUCUUGUUCAUGGAUGAGGCCACUGCUUCAGUUGAUUCACAGACUGAUGCUGUAAUUCAAAGGAUCAUUCGGGAGGACUUUGCGGCCUGUACAAUUAUCAGCAUUGCUCACAGAAUACCCACAGUCAUGGACUGUAAUCGGGUUUUAGUAAUAGAUGCAGGAUGGGCAAAAGAAUUCGAUAAACCAUCUCAGUUGCUUGAGAGGCGAUCACUUUUCGGGGCAUUGGUUCAAGAGUAUGCCAACCGCUCAUCUGGACUAUAAGACAACCAGACUGCUUUCCUACCAUCACAUCUAGGGCUGUAAGCAAGCAGAGCUAUUCGUAAACAUGUUCGGACUCGGCUCGGAUUAGCUCGGCUCGGGAUCAGUUCGUUUAUUAAACGAACAGAGCUUGAACAAAAAAUUCAGGCUCGUGUUAAUUUAGGCUCGGCUUGUAUAAGCUUGGCUCGACUCAUAUAUGCUCAUAUAACUGUAUUUGUAUUAUUUUUAUAAUAAUAUUUUUAAUUUUGUAA